UAAAGUAGUUGGUACUCCAGUCGUGCUACUAUCAGCAUCGUUGCUACACGCGCAGUGUUAGAAUGGAAUCAGCACUUUUUUCAUUAGUACUUGGGGCAUCAAUAUUAUUGUGUCUGUACUUGUACCUACGAUAUACGUACUGGAAGAGAAAAGGGAUUCCAACAGCUGCAGGAUGUUAUCCCUUCGUUGGCCACAUGUUGCCUGUGCUAGCUAUGAGAAAAAACUUCCCCGAAUUGGUGCGCAAAAUAUACAACGAUCACAAAAACAGUAGUAUGGUUGGUCUUUACAAAGCAAUGAAACCAAUUCUAGUUAUUCGCGAGCCGCAGUUAGUAAAAACAGUGCUACAAACCAAUUUCUCAAACUUCCACGACAACGCUAUUGAAAUCAUUCCAGACAUCGAUCCAUUGUUGGCCAAAAAUCCGUUUGUUAAUUACGGAGAAGCUUGGUCGACCGCAAGGAAACGCUUGACGUAUGCGUUUUCCAGCUCCAGAUUGAAAUCUUUAUUUGUAACCGUCGACGGAGUAUGCAAGAAGUUUCAAGAUUACCUGAACAGGCGAUUGAGUUUGAACGACAAGUACGAAGUUGAACUGAAAUAUCUGUUCUCAAAAUUCACCGGCGAAGUUGUCGCGAACGCUGGAUUGGGCAUUGAAGGACUCUGCUUCGAGGAU